UGAACAAGGCCCAGGAGGCAGGUACUAAACCGUGGUGUCCCAAAUUGGCAGCAAUUGACGUCAUCGUCACAUGGUGACGGUCGGUGAGCCUUGGACGCAUUCCAGGGCAUGCGGCUGAGACGGCGACCAAAAGAAGACGGACAUCUAUCCAAAGGCAGCACGUUUGUAUCGUAUCUUCGCGGCCACAUUGAUGCAUUCAAUAUCUCGAGAGGUGCCAAUUUCGGUAGCGCUGCCGCACCCACAACAAGCGGGGAAGCCCCUGAACAAACAGCAAAACAACUCGCAAAGCGCAACAACGUGCUUUGCCAGGGCAUCGCGCUCGGUUCGCUUGCACCCCGGAUUCGGGAGGUGGCCCGGCCCACGUGGGCGCAGAGACGUCGCAAUUCGAUCGGGGAGGGCUUGUCCAAGCUUUAUCGAGGAGUCGCCCAGGAUGGGCAGGAACCUCGGCAUAAUGUGAAAUUACACGGAGCCCCAUAGAGAGGGGGCUGUCAACAUUGGCCUGUGGAGUCCGGGGAUGGUCGGUGAGGCCAAGGUUGCGUACAAAAACAUGGACAGCAGACGUGCUGGAUGGCGGUUGGCUCUCCACCUCCAGAGCACCGUGCCGCGUCAAGGCUUCAUCAGCCGCCAGUCGACGUCCUCCCAUCUGCAACUUGCGCCUCGAGCCUGAUCGUCCGCUCCGCAACCAAAGAGCCAUGACUCUCGCCGCUUCUCUCGGGGCCAUCCUGGCCGGCGUGAGCCUCGUGCACGCCCAGGGCGCCGGCACGCGCCUGGACCCCGUCCAGCCCGUCCGCCUGCCCGACGGCGUCUCCGUCAAGAGCCCGCUCGCGCACCUGGGCGGGAACGGGCCCUGGACCGACGCCGGCAACGUCAACGGCAUCUCGUCCGACGUGCCCGAGGGCUGCCACGUCGACCAGGCCGCCUACGUGCUGCGCCACGGGUCGCGCUACCCGGACCCGGGCGCGCACGGCGGCUGGCUCGAGAUGGCCCGGCGGUUCAGGGAGGGCAACUACACGGCCACGGGCCCGCUGGCCUUCAUCCACACCUGGGACACGCCCCUGACGCGCCCGGACGUGCAGAUCGCGCAGCUCAGCCAGACGGGCUACAAGGAGCUGCACGACCUGGGCUACACCCUGCGGACGCGCUACCCGGACCUGUACCGCGAGGGCGAACCCUUCUACGUCUACGCCAACAACUACACGCGCGUGCUGCAGACGGCCAAGCUCUUCCUCGGGGGCUACCUGGGGCCCAGCGCCACGGCCCUGGGCAACGUCGUAGCCGUCACUAGCCGCGGCUUCCCCGACCAGCUGGCCAACACGCUCGCGCCCUCGGACAUGUGCCCGACCUUUGUCGACGACUACAGCACGCAGCAGGCCGAGUGGCAGCCGCGGUGGCUGCCGGCCUUCAAGGAGCGCCUUUCGCAGUACGUCAGCGGCGACCUGCAGCUCGAGGACGGCCAGUGGAACGACUUUGCCUACAUCUGCGGCUUCGAGUCCCAGAUCACCGGCCGCCUCUCGCCCUUCUGCGACACCCUCACCGACGCCGACCUGGCCGGGUACGAGUACCAGCAGGACCUCCGCUACUGGUACGGCCACGGGCCCGGCGCCGCCGUGUCGUCGCGCAUGAUGGUGCCCUUCCUCGACGCCCUCGUCGCGCGCUUCGUCGAGGGGCCCGACGCCGACCGCGGCGUGGGGCCGGACGGCAAGUCCGAGUUCGCCGUCCCCAAGCUGCUCAUGAACUUCCUCAACGACGGCCAGCUCAACCAGCUCGCGGCCGCCAUUGGCGUGUUCGACGAGCAGCAGCCGCUCCCGACGGACCGCAUCGCCGAGGACCGCCUGUGGCGCAGCUCGCGCAUCUCGCCCAUGCGCGGCACCAUCGCCUUUGAGCGCCUCACUUGCCGCGUGUCGGGCGGCGGCGGUGGCGGCGGCACGGCGCCCGCGCCCGCGCCCACCACUACCAAGCGGGCGUGCAAGGCCAGGCCCACGGGCGCGGCGCAGAGGAAGAAGAGGCAGGCGGCGGCGGCGACCGGCCGCAACGAGACCUACAUCCGGAUCCGGAUCAACGAGGCCGUCUACCCCGUCCCGUCGUGCCAGGACGGGCCCGGCAAGUCGUGCCGCCUGGCCGACUACGCAAAGUACGUGGGCGACAAGCUCGCCACCAUCGGCAGCUUUGCGGAGUUGUGCAACGCCACGGCCCCGGGGACGCCCAGCACCGUCAAGGGUGCUAGCUUCCUGACGAACCUCAACCAGGACCACCUCAAGAUCAUCCACCCUUAGGUGGAAGCGGGAAGCCGAGAUGAUGUAAUGAUGCCAUAUGUACCUAAUGCGUAAUAAACUAAUGCGUAUAUACAACAAAUCCCUGUCUCCUUCGUCUCCUGUCCCCUU